GAAUAUAAUUCAACUUCAGUAUCUGUCCAAAGACAUCGUUCGCCAAUAUGGUUGAAGCAGUCCAAAUUUGGUAUCUUUUUUCAUUGGGGUCUCUAUUCAGUUCCAGCCUGGGCUCCUGUAGGUAAAUCCUACGCUGAGUGGUAUUGGUGGAAUCUGAACCACAAAGAGGAUCCUGUUUAUGAAUAUCAUCGUAAUACAUAUGCCGAAAAUUUUGAAUAUGAUCACUUCUUAAAUAAAUGGAAGCCUAAUCAAUUUAAUCCAUAUGCCUGGCUUGAGCUAGUUCAUCAAUCAAAAGCUCGUUAUUUUAUAUUCACAACAAAACACCAUGAUGGUAUUGCAUUAUUUAAUACGAGCGUGACAAAUCGUUCUACGAUACAUUUACUUAAGCCUCCACGUGAUUUUGUAGGAGAGCUCAUGAAAGUUUCAGAGACAAAAUAUCCUCACUUAAAACGUGGUCUUUACUUCUCUUUACCGGAAUGGUAUCAUCCUAAAUAUAAGGAUGAUUCGCUUGGAUGGUAUGGUCCCCCUAUUAAUCCUUAUAAUGGUCAACAGAUUUCUUAUACAGGUAGUAAACCGAUAAAUAACUUUGUAAAUGAAUUACAGGUACCUCAAUUUCAAGAAUUGAUACAAGGGUAUAAGCCAGAUAUAAUAUGGUGCGAUAUUGGUGGAAUCCAUAACUCAAGUGUAUGGCAAGCAGAUUAUUUUAACCAAGCUCAAAGAGAAGGACGACAAGUUGCUGUAAAUGAUAGAUGCGGCGAUAAAAGUGCUUCUGAUUUCACAACAGUUGAGUAUAAGACUGUAACAACCGUUCCUACUCGAUUCUGGGAAUCAACAAGAGGCAUAGAUCCAUAUUCAUUUGGGUUUAAUCAAAUGACAAAACCAGAGGAAUACACAAAUACAAGUCAGUUAAUCCAAGAUCUUAUUGAUACUAUUUCGCAAGGUGGUAAUUUUUUGCUCAAUAUUGGACCUAAAGGAUCAGGAGAUUUACCCUUACCAAUGGUAGAACGACUACAAACUAUUGGAAAAUGGCUGGAAGAUGUAGGCGAUAGUGUUUUUCAGUCAAUACCUUAUUGGAUU